GCUCCGCUAGGCAAGGUGGUCCAGCUGAGCUUCAGAGGAACUAUAUUUGAUGUCGAGGCCGCUCAGGCUGGAUCGGAGAGAGGCCUGUGUGAAUACGAUUACGUAGAGGUGCGGGACGGUCGCUCGGGAUACAAACCAUUGCUGGGACGAUUCUGCGGGAAUAGGCACCCAUCACGAGUGACUUCCACCGGUCGCUACAUGUGGGUGGUGUUCCACUCCGAUGACGUCAUUGAAUAUCAGGGCUUUCAUGCUGUCUACGAUUUUAUCGAGGACGAAGACUGUCUGACUGUGAUAAGUGGAAAGAUGGAGGGCUUCAUCAAUUCGUCGAUGAUCGGCGCCAAGUUCUUGGACCACGCUAAGAAGAACAGCUCGCUACCUCUCGACUGCGCCUGGGACAUACGCGUGCAGUCGGGCUACAACAUUUACUUUCAACUAGAAUCGCUCAAGCUGGUCGCCGAGAACGAGUGCGACGUCAACUUUCUAGAGAUGUACGACGGAAGCACGCACGUCGGCAACGUACAGCGGUUCUGCCACAGUACGCGCACUCCGUACAAGACGCAGACUAACAGGCUCGUCGUGCGCGCGUUCGGUCGGAUCGCCAUAGCGACGCAGACGAGCGAGUGGCCGCGCUUCCAGGCGAUGUUCAACAUGUUCCGCAGCGGUAAGUGUGUUGGCAGCGAUGGGAUAUUAGAUAUGGAAGAAGAGGGAAGCACGGACACAAAGCGGGACGGCGUAGAUCGUGAUGUGAUGCCAGUGUUUAAGGCAGAGUUGCCCGCAUCGCACCGAGCACCUCACUAA